AUGGAGUCAUACACAGCAGCGCGGUUCCAUCUGGAACAAGCCGAGAUUCUAGCCGAUAACUCUUCUUUCUUAAAUAUUGAGACGGUUCAAGCUUUCCUUCUUGUUGCGAGGUUCGAAUUUACUCAUAUCAGCGGACCAAAAGGGCUUCUAACCAUAGCACGUGUUAUGCAGUUGCUAAGCUUGCUGAGAUAUGACGUGCUCGAUCAGACCUCAGCAGAAGGCGAACUAUAUCUAGAUAGCUAUCAGAUGAGGCUGCCACAAAACCAUAGCCCGCGAUGUAUUCAGAUGAUACGGCGGACGUUCUGGAUUGCAUUUGCGAUGCAUUGCAAUGCGGCUGCAAGUUUUUCAUGCUGUAUACCAGUCAAAGACAAUGGGAUCGGCACCGCCAUCCCAAUUCCCAACCCAACAAUAGACUCCGAUUCAAACCAGCACGUCUAUCUUUCCGAAGGAAUUACGAGUACCGUAGCGAAGGGAUUUUCCGUCUUUUCCCUUUUUAUCUUCGCUAUGAAACUUGUCGUUGACGGAGGCCGCCACCACCAAUCGACUGAGAAAUACGUACGGGAUAACGCAUCUGACUAUAAUUUUUGCCUUGUCCACGAGAACAUCGGGAGAGAUAUUGCGAUCAUGUCAAAAUUCCUCUCGGAACAGGAGUUUCUCGAUGGACCAGAGGACGAACUUCGCGUCCUCACUUGUGUCAUAGUCCUAGGCGCUCGAAUAGACUGGCUCAAGACGGCUAUUGUUGGAUCUCAGAAAGCUGCGUUUCUAUGCCCUAUUGCUAAAGAAUACCGCACUUCGUGUGUCGCUGUGACGAAUGCAAUGUGCGACUUUCUUCUUCAGGCUAAUGUUACUGAUGCAAAACAAACAGUCGCAACCGAAAACACCCUUUUACUGACAUGUGUUCUACCUCCCUUGAAGAUCUUCGUCACCAAAGAAAUGUCGCUCUUCAUCAUGCGGCCGUUAGCCUUAGCCGCCGAAAUCCAGCUCGACGCCCUGCAAAACCCACAAGACAUGUGCUAUAAUGCAUUCUCAUCGACGCGCGAAAUACGACAGAACCUCGAACUGUUGUGCAAUAUCAUGGUGGUGUGUAAACCUGCGACUGGGGAGUAUGACCCUAGGAUUCAAGCAUGCGUCGCGUUUUUGGAGAAAACAAAGUUUGAGAGGGUUUAUAUUCGAACCUGCUAG